AUGGAGAAAGCCGUCACAUUUUUUCUCUUAACACUCUUGUUGCUUAUGGCUAGUUCAGCCAUGACACAUACCAACGUUACCACUGAUCAAUUAGCUCUUUUGUCCUUAAAAUCUCAAAUCAUUUCCGACCCCUCUCACUUCUUGCAUGAAAACUGGUCUCCCGUUGUUUCUGUUUGUCAUUGGGUUGGAGUCACUUGUGACUUGGGAAGCAACAACUUCCAUGGAAAUUUGCCUCAAGAAAUGGCACGCUUGCGUCGACUUAAGUUUCUUGAUUUAAGUGUCAACAACUUCAGAGGAGAGGUUCCUUCUUGGCUCGGAUUUUUACACCAACUUCGAUUUCUAAGUCUUAGGAAUAAUAGUUUCAAUGGUUCCAUCCCUUCUUCAUUUUCUAAUAUAUCCGAACUUGAAACUUUGAAUCUGAAAUUCAAUUCCAUAGAGGGUCAAAUCCCAAAAGUGAUUGGAAAUAUUCUAAACCUUAGAGUAUUAAACUUGGGAGGUAACAAGCUCGUAGGCUUAAUUCCUACGUCACUCUUGAAUGCCUCAAGGUUGGAGAUUUUGGAGAUAUCUUAUAAUUUACUUCAAGGAAACAUCCCAGAAGAGAUCGGCAAUCUUCACAACAUGAACUGGUUGUCCAUACAAUAUAAUCAACUUACGGGUUCUAUACCAUUUACAAUUUUCAAUAUUUCUAGGAUGGAAUUCAUUGCAUUUACUGGCAAUAGCUUAUCAGGAAGUCUUCCCAAUGGUUUAUGCAAUGGUCUCCCAAUACUCAAAGGGCUUUAUCUGUCUUAUAACAAGCUUCACGGUCAUAUGCCUACAGGCUUAUCAAGUUGUUCUCAACUUCAAAUAUUGUCUUUAUUAUAUAAUGAGUUUGAUGGACCAAUACAUAGUGAACUUGGCAGAUUGAGUAACUUGCAGAUAUUGUAUCUUGGAACUAACCAUUUCACUG